UUAGAGAGCGGAACGAACUUUUCCUACUUCCAGUUCUAGGCCCCCAAAGCAGCUGUCUCCAGGUGGUCCCUGAAUCUAACCAAUCGGAAAGGGAGUUACAUUUAACGCGGCUCUGGCAUCCAAUCCUAGGACAUGUCUCAGAUUCCACCGCCCUCCGGGUCGCCGCCGGCUUGAAGCCAGUUCCGCAGUCGCUCGCCGCGCAGCGCCGCGCAGCUCCGCACACUCCGGACCACCCCCAGCAGAGCACAUCUCUAGGAGGCUGGGGCUGUUAACCGCGGCCGGGACGCUGGCUACUGCGCAGGCGCCUCAGGAGGAUCUGCGCCUCGCCCCUGUCCCUUCAUGUCUCCCUGGUCCCUAGUAUCCACCAGCGCCGGGUUCCGCGAGCGCCGCUUUCCGCUCGCUGGAUAGAAGCGCCGUCGGCGUCGGCAGUGGGAUUCCUGAUUGCUCUCUUUCAACACAUUCAUUAUGAAGUCAUUAGUAAUACUUUUAUUUUCUGGACUUAUAACUGCUUGUAGAGGUAACUCUUCCUAUAGUUUGCCACCGAAGUUACUACUGGUGUCCUUUGAUGGCUUCAGAGCUGACUAUCUACAGAACUAUGAAUUUCCUCAUCUCCAGAAUUUUAUCAAGGAAGGUGUCUUGGUAGAACAUGUUAAAAAUGUUUUCAUCACAAAAACAUUUCCAAACCACUACAGUAUUGUGACAGGCUUGUAUGAAGAAAGCCAUGGCAUUGUGGCUAAUUCUAUGUAUGAUGUAAUCACACAGAAACAUUUUUCGGACUUUAAUGACAAGGAUCCUUUUUGGUGGAAUGAGGCAGUCCCUAUUUGGGUGACCAACCAGCUUCAGGAAAACAGAUCAAGUGCUGCUGCUAUGUGGCCUGGUACUGAUGUACCCAUUCACAAUACCACACCUUCUUAUUUUAUGAAUUAUAGCUCCUCAGUGUCCUUUGAGGAGAGACUUAAUAAUAUUACCAUGUGGCUGAGCAAUUCGAACCCACCAGUCACCUUUGCAACACUCUAUUGGGAAGAACCAGAUGCAAGUGGACAUAAAUAUGGACCCGAAGAUAAAGAAAACAUGCUCAGAGUGUUGAAAGAAAUAGAUGACCUUAUUGGUGACCUAGUCCACAAACUCAAGAUGUUAGGAUUGUGGGAAAAUCUUAAUGUGAUUAUUACAAGUGAUCAUGGGAUGACCCAGUGCUCUAAGGACAGACUGAUAAAUUUGGAUCUCUGCAUUGACCAUUCAGAAUACACUCUUAUAGAUUUGACCCCAGUUGCUGCGAUUCUUCCCAAAACAAAUAAAACAGAGGUUUAUAACAAACUAAAAAACUGUAGCUCUCACAUGAAUGUUUAUCUCAAAGAGGACAUUCCUGCCAGAUUUCAUUACCAGCAUAAUGAUCGAAUUCAGCCUCUUAUUUUGGUUGCUGAUGAAGGCUGGACAUUUGUGCUAAAUAAAUCAUCACUAAAGUUAGGUGACCAUGGUUAUGAUAAUUCUUUGCCUAGUAUGCAUCCAUUUCUUGCUGCCCACGGUCCGGCAUUUCACAAAGGCUACAAACACAGCACAAUUAACAAUGUCGAUAUUUAUCCAAUGAUGUGCCACAUCCUGGGAUUAAAACCACAUCCCAAUAAUGGAACCUUUGGUCAUACUAAGUGUUUAUUAGUUGACCAGUGGUGCAUUAAACUCCCAGAAGCCAUUGGAAUUGUUAUUGGUGUGCUCUUGGUCUUAACCGCUCUAACGUUACUCAUGAUAAUCAUGCAGAAUAAACUAUCUGUACCCCAGCCAUUUUCCCGACUUCAGCUGCAAGAAGAUGACGAUGAUCCUUUAAUUGAAUAACAUGUGCUGGGGUUUAUACAAAGUGUCUUUGCUUAGUCACAAACCCAAGGAAAUACCCAAGGUGUUGUAAGUAUGAAAAAAAAUACUUUGAAAGACAAAGACUUUACAUCAAGCAUGCUAAAAUUAUUGUUUUUUUUCCCUUGUGUUUUGUUUUGGUGCUUUAGCUAAUACAAAAAAUAAAUAAAUAAAUAACAAAAACAAACCCUGACCAUGGUAACAAUUGCUAGUAAAUCAUUAGUUAAUACCAACUAUUCUCUAACUAGAAACAUUUGUUUAACAAAAAUAGUGCCUCUGUCUUUUUUUCCUUUUGCAAUGAAGAGUUAACACAUCUUUAGAUGAAAAUAUACCAAACUUAAGUAGGCAUGAUUUUCUAAUCAGUUUUUAUAUUUAUAAAUGAAACAAUGGAAUCUUUAUGCAGUUAGUGGAUUUUGUGUAUCAGGGAGGAAAAGUUUCCUAUAUUUUUAUAUUUACCUUUAAUAGAGGUUAUAUCCCAAGUAGGCCUUUGAGUUAGGAAAUUUUCUGUGAUGGUUAAUAAAAUCAGUUAAAUAAGAUCAGUUAAAAGAUCUAGUAUAUAAAGAUACUAUUUUAAGAGACACUGUUAUAAAAGACAAACUAACAAAGAAUGUGGGUACAAAGCCUCUAUCUUCUCCAUUGUCUUUAUUAAGACUCUUAAGCUGUUAAAGUCUCAAAACUUUUAUUUUUUGAAGAUUAUUGCUAAUAAGAAAUUAAGAAAAUAGAGAAAAGUACAUUUUUCUAUUUGUGCUGAAUGCCUUUGUGUAAAUCUUUUAGUUGUGUAUGGGCACAAAUGUGCGUAUGUAUAUGCAUGUGCAGACUUUAUAUGACUUAGAGAAGGAGAUCAGAGAUGGACUGGACCGUAGGCAGGCUUUCACAUUCCCAUAGAACACAGGUCUCAGGAAAGGUUAUAUUUGGAGUUCAUAUUUUUUAUCUUCUAAUUCGUAAGUUGAAAUCAUAAUUUUUAAAAUUCUUUAAUAUUUGGUACCAUUUUUAACUUUCUCAUGUUGUUUAUUGUAACCAAAGGUAUCUGAGUGCUGCAGAAAAAUUUAUGACCUGAUAACAAAUCUGGUUUUGAUCAGGUCAGAAUGAGGAAGUGAGAUUUUUAUGUUCACCUUUGGGACUCAUACCUUAAAUUUAAAAUAGAAUUUAGUAUCUUUUGAUCUUUUCCAUUAUUUAUAUGUUACGUGGUAGGAUAAAGUCUCAGCAUGGCCUAACAUUCUUUAGCCUGAGUGCCAGGUCAUACCUUCUAAUAAUCAAAAUUAACAUGAAGAAACUGAGUUGUGGCAGACUAGAUUGUAUCUGUUAGAGGAAAAAUUGGAUUCACAAACUGUUCAUUGGGACACGAGGCAAGCAGUUGAUCAUUGACAUGGUGAUCUUUAAAGUUUUGAUGGUAUAAAAUAAAUUAGGUAACUGUUUUGCAGAUACAAAACUAAUCUAUAGUAAAUACACAGCCAGUUAAAUGUUGACUUUCUGUGAUGGUUAAGAACAAUAGUGCUAUUCAUUAGGUGUUUAAUUCACCCUAUUUGGGCAUUGCUAAUUUCCUAAUCCUGGUAUCUAAUGCCUGUUGUAUUUGGGGUUCUUGAGAAGUCUUUCCACAUCCUGCGUAAAUAGUUCAUGCUAUUAUUGGUCCUAAGUUGACCAAUAAUAAGAGCAGCAUAGUAAAUAAAUGAAAUAAAACCAAUAGGACUAAUUUUGCUUUUUGACAAAUUUUAUUUCUGAUGUUUUUCCUCACAUAAAACUUAUCCUAAAGGUUAAUAGUUGAUCAGAAUGAAAUAAUAGAAAUAAUAGAAAAAUUUCUUUCUACUUCAGUUUCCAUUUAAAAAACAAAGAACAUUCACAUUUAAAGUAGUAAACAUUUUUGAAAUAGCAGGAUAUUUUAUACUAGUUUAGAGUUUUAGUGACUGCAUUAGUUUGGUGGUAAUAAGUUUCAGAAGUCUGUACAUGGCAUCCACCUGCAAGUGGAUUUUAUAUAAGGUGGUUUAGGAAGGAUGCCCUGUCAGUGUCUUAACCUUUGGAAAAGAGACAUUUACCUAUUUGUCUUGUCUUUCAUUCUCAAAAUGUUAACUUUAAUUAAAAUUGUAAAUUUUAUGUAUAUAUUCAUGGGACAAGAACAGUAUUUAGUCGAGACAUUUAUAUAUUAUUAUACUGAACUUUGUGUAAUUCAUUUGUAUCUUUAAAAGAUUAUCACUCUUAAAGCCAAUGACUCCUCUAGUACACUGAGAAAAUCUUUUAGUUAAGCUAUCCUUUUACAUUAAAGUUUUAGUGUACUUUGUUACAUAAUUAACUAAUAUGCUGCUGUGUUUUUGGCUCCAGGAAACAUUUAAUCAUUUCUGACAAUAGCACUCAAAGGUAAUUGGAAAACUUUUUAUUAAGCAUUUUUUAUUAAUUCAGUGAGUGAAUUCAGAAUAACUACAUUUACUUAUUACAUAGGGAUAGUUCUGCUGCUGUCAUUAAUGUGCAAGUUCUUGUAAACGGCAAUAGAAUAAAGAUUAUUUCAGUUGCUGGGUAUUAUAGGCUUUGUGUUAUUGUUCCAUUAAGCUUGAUAUAAGAAUUUAAAGAUAAGUUAUUGGAACAUUAAAGGACUAAAAAUGCCUUUGCAUUGUUCUUGGGUGUCUCCCUCUCUUGCCCAUAUCUGGUAAGCUUUAAGGAUGAUUGCAUUUAAUUCCUCUUAUUUGGAGAGUUUUACUUUAUUGUGAAUACAUAAAGCUACAAAUGAAGGACAAAGAUGAAAUAGAAAGUAUGUAUUUAUUGUCAAUUCUUAAUAUAGUGUGUAAAUAAAAUUGAUAUGCGCGUGCUUUAAAAAAAUUUGUGCCUUAAGUUAAAAUAAAAUAUAUUUUGAUUGUAUUGUUUGAAUUCAUGACUUUGUUUAUGAUUAAAAAACUUAUAUGAAUAAAAUCUACCAAAACAUU